AAGCCCUAUCACACAGAGCACAUGGUGGUCACUGGGGGAUGUCAGCGAUCACAGUUAUAUCAGCAUACUGGCGUGUCGCACGUCGCUCCUCAGAAAGGGGGUGAUUAUAUAACCGACUGGACUAUGUUUGUGGAGUCCUACUUGUGUGUGUUAUGAUAAGAUGCAACGGAUCAAUCACGACCAACAUUCUUCAAGCCAGAGAGAAUGGUGUUUCAAUGCUUCAACAAUUAUCAAUAUCUUCCUGGCGACGUGAGGACAUGAUGCUUAGAAUUCAUUCCGAUUGGAUUAGAUUCAUUAGGCCCUCGUCCUCGUGUGAACUAGCAGCUAAAAAUCUAACAUUGGAGACUUAUCACUUUUUUCGUUACAUUUAUGACAGGACCACACCUAGCUACUUGCAAGAUCGAAUGACAACAAGUAACCAUGACGACCUCUCAUUUGAACAUCGACUCGGACCAGCAGAAGAUAAAACUCGCUGUGUUGGGAGCGCCGGGUGUCGGGAAGACUUCAAUCGUCAAACAGUUCGUGUGCAACCAUUUCGAGGAGGAUUACGAGCCAACGGACCGGAAACACGUUUAUCUGCCCUCUGUCAUCAUCAACGAUCACCUAUAUGAACUUAAAAUUAUAGACUGUCCUUACAUUCCAUACUUCCCGGUGAAUUCUUUGUAUGAAUUCACGGACUUCCGAGGGUAUGGAUUACGAAACGCUACGGCCUAUAUUUUAGUGUAUGAUGUCACUUCCGAAGAUAGUUUCCAGUAUAUCAAAUCACUACGCGACCAGAUAUUAGAAAGUCGCAAUAUGCAUGACGUUCCACUUUUUGUUGUUGGAAAUAAACACGAUUUGUCGGAUGAACGCGGGAAAUUUCGACGGGAAGUCGCAAAUAUAGUGAAAAAGCAAUGGAAAUGUGGAUACGUGGAAUGUUCAGCAAAAUUCAACUGGCAUAUCGUGUUGCUUUUCAAGGAACUCAUGAAAGCUGUGGACUUCAUCGAUUACGGCCAUAAACCAACGGCAGUCAGAGUGCAGGACGCUUUACGACGAAACAGAUGCGUUAUUUUAUGAGAUUCGACAGUCGAUAGAUAUACAAUAUACCAUAUUUAAUUCCUUUUAUUUUCAGCCUGUGGAAAUACAAAUUGUCUUUUGCCUUUCAGCGGGUGUUGUAAACAUAAUAAAGACGGUUUAGUGCAUAGAAGGGGAAGUACGUGUAUAUUAACAAACGAUAGAAUCUAUUUCAUUGGCUACAUGAAAGCUCGCGCUAUGCUGGCAUGUUUCAAUGUGUAUUGUUUUAGACGGUAUUAUCGUUUUUGUAUGAUAUAGAAUGAGACAUGAAAAUAAAGGCGAGCAUUGAAAUAAGGAGUUUUAUAUAACACUUUAUUGGUGCAUUGAUCAUUAAA